GCUUUGCGCGGGCGUGCCGCGGUGCCCUUUCACCCCUCAGAGCAGGAAGUUGGUUGAGUGUUUUGUUGAUACCGGAGUGUGUAUAAAUCACACGGAGAAGCUCACAAGAACCUGUCAGCCUUCUGCAUGGUGCACUGCACCUGGCUGCGUGGAUCCUCCACGGAGCCGCGAUGUCGUGCUGUUUAAACAUGUGAUUAAUACUGCAAUAUUAAAAGAGCCCUCUCCUCCGCCGAUCAUAACAUCCGCAUUGAAAUUUAAAAGGCAGUGAGGAACUAUCGUGUUAGUUAGCUUCUGCUGCUAAUUUUAAGAUAUCUGAACGAUAACUGUUUUCAGUAAGUUGCAAGGCACAGUUUCUCUAAAUUGCAACCCUAACCCUCCACUUUUCCACUGUCUCUCCUUGAUUUCACAGAGGACUGGUACAGUGGAACUUAAAAAAACAAACACGGUUCUCUUUUUCUUUUCCGGACUGGUACAGUGGGGGAGAGUUUUGGAGUAGCUGUGCCAGUAUAUGCUGCCUGUUGAUCAGCAGUGAAUAAUACGAACACUUGGCUUGGUGAUGUAACGCCAGGAAUGCUUUGCAUGUCUAUUUUAGCGACUCCUCUCUUGAUAGCUGGCGUUUAUUGAUAUAAUAGAAAGGCGGUGUUUUUGUGUACGUGGGUAUAUCGCAGUGUCGCUGCAGAAGAGUCCGCAUUGAAUACAAACAGCAAUGAGCAUUCGAGCGCUGUGGAUCAUUAGCCAGGAGAAGGGCGAGUCGGGGAAGGUUCGCUUCUCAAGGCGCUACCCCACAGUGGAGAGCAGGGCCAGCCGACUGGGGCGGGGCAGCUACGUGCCUGUCCCUGAAGACAGUGCUCUGCUGCGCCCCCUGCUGACAGAUCUGGGGCUGACAGACCCUGAGAAGCCCUUUGUGGAGGCUCGUGAUGGCUGCUCGCGGCUCCACCGCACUGCUGCCCUGGAGCUGGUGCUGGAGGGGCGGCAGGGAGCCGGGGCUGCGCUGUGGCCCGUGCUGGCGAUCUCACAGGCGGGGCUGAUCCUGGCCUGCCUGCCCUUGGUGGAGGCUCCGCCAGGCCCCCGCCCUCCCCUGCCCAGCCUGGCCUCCGUAUCCCAGGGCUUCUCUCUGCUGGCCGGGCUGCAGGCCUUCCUGUCGGGGUCAGGGGCAGGGAAGGCUGAGGUGGAGUCCCGCUUAGCCCUCCUGCCCGCUACCCUGAUGCAGGCCUGCCCCCUGGGCACCCCCCUGGAGACCCCCCAGCUCUGCCAGCCCCUGCCACCCCCCACGGUCGCCCUGGCCGGGCCCCAGAAGCAGCCGGCCUGGAAGCCUGGAGUGCACCGCGGGCGGGCGCUGGUCAGCGUGGCGGUCAGCGAGCAGGUCCGGUCCAUGCAGUACGGGAACCGGGCCAGAACCGACCUCUGGGACGUGUACGGGACCGUCACAUGCAAGUGUGACCUGGAGGGGGUGCUGCCCACCGUGACGGUGACCCUCAGCCUGCCCCCCAAUGGCUCCCCUCUGCAGGACAUCCUGGCGCACCCCUGCGUCAGCUCCCUGGACUCCAGCCUGCUGACCGCCAGCAGCGUGGACGAGAGCGACGGCUCGGCCUUCUCCGGACCCUACAAGUUCCCCUUCUCCCCCCCGCUGGAGCCGUUCCACCUGUGCUUCUACACCUCACAGGUACCAGUGCCUCCUAUCCUGGGCUCUUACCAGCUGAGAGAGGAGGGGAGCCAGUUAAAGAUCACAGUCAACCUGAAGCUGCAUGAGAGUGUGAGGAAUGGGUUUGAGUACUGCGAGGCUCACCUGCCCUUCUUCAACAGGGGCCAGCUCACCAACACUGACCUCCGCGUGACCUCCGGGCAGCUGGAAGUGGCUCGUGAGAAAAGCCUGCUGGUCUGGGUGCUGGGUCAGAAGUUCCCCAAGUCCCGGGAGGUUUCACUAGGGGGCAGUGUGAGUUUCAGUGGAGCAGGCUCUCUGGGGCCUGUCGACCCUCUCUGCACGGAGCUCACUGCUUACAUCAAGCUGUAUUUCCGGAUCCCUGACGUCACUCUCUCUGGCUGCUCGGUGGAUCAGCACUCCGUGCAGGUGUACUCCUCAGUCAAGCCUCGCAUCACUACCUCUCGGGAACUGAUCUCCUCCGAGUAUUACAUCUGGAACUCCACUGGUGAAGCUCCCGUUUCCUCCGGACCGAUGAGGCUGUAGCACCGCAAGAAGAGGGGUGAGCUCUGGACUGGGAGAGGGUUCCAUGACCCCCCCCCUCCUCAAACAGCAGGACGGUGCCAGCGGACUCCCUCCCCCCAGCUCAGAAUGGGGGAACAAGGGGGCUCCCAGUGAGGAUCACCUCUCUACUGCUCGGUUCACAAUGAGCACGGGCUGUUGAGGGUGACAGUGCUCUGUGCAUGACACUGUACUGUAUAUAAUAAAACCAGCUGACUGUUAAA